AAGAAAUUUCAAAACCCCCCGUUUUUCUCGACUGACCAGUUCACCCCGCGUUUUCAUUCUUUUCAUUUCAUUUCUUUCUUCCUUUCUCCGCCGUCGUCCGCCCACCUACCCCGCAACGUCGGCGGCUUAGUUUUUUUUUCCGUUGUUCUUUGAAUUCUUUUUUGUUAUGGGAAACUGUAACGCUUGCGUUAGACCGGACGAGAGUCCGGAGAGUAAACCGAACCGGUCCGACCAGAACCAGAAGGGAAAGAAAAAAGCCCGGGAAAGGAAACCGAACCCGUUCUCUGAGAAAGUUGCCUCGCCGGCUCCGAUCCGAGUUCUGAAAGAUGUGAUCCCCCUGAGUCACCGAACUCGAAUUGGGGACAAGUAUAUCCUCGGGCGCGAGCUCGGCCGAGGUGAAUUUGGGAUCACCUACCUCUGCACGGACAGGGAAACGCGCGAAGCCCUCGCGUGCAAGUCAAUCUCCAAGCGGAAGCUCCGAACAGCAGUCGACAUCGAAGACGUCCGACGCGAGGUUGCUAUAAUGUCAACGUUGCCGGAACACCCGAAUAUUGUGAAGCUGAAAGCGACGUACGAGGACAAUGAAAAUGUUCAUUUGGUUAUGGAGCUUUGUGAAGGAGGGGAAUUGUUCGACAGGAUAGUAGCGAGGGGGCAUUACACGGAACGCGCGGCGGCGAACGUGGCGAAGACGAUAGCAGAGGUGGUUAGGAUGUGCCACGAGAAUGGCGUUAUGCAUAGAGAUUUGAAGCCCGAGAAUUUUUUGUUUGCUAACAAGAAAGAACACGCGCCGCUAAAAGUGAUUGAUUUUGGUUUGUCUGUGUUCUUUAAGCCUGGGGAGAAGUUUUCUGAAAUCGUGGGGAGUCCAUAUUACAUGGCCCCUGAAGUUCUGAAGCGAAAUUAUGGACCAGAGGUUGAUGUGUGGAGUGCUGGUGUGAUCCUUUACAUUUUAUUAUGUGGGGUUCCCCCCUUUUGGGCAGAGACUGAACAGGGAGUUGCUCUUGCAAUUUUGAGAGGGGUCAUUGAUUUCAAGAGAGAACCUUGGCCUCAAGUUUCAGAGAGUGCAAAGAGUCUUGUUCGGCAGAUGUUAGAACCGGAUCCUAGGAAACGGUUGACUGCUCAACAGGUGCUCGAACAUCCCUGGUUGCAAAAUACAAAGAAAGCUCCGAAUGUUCCAUUGGGAGAUAUUGUGAGAGCCAGGCUCAAGCAGUUUUCAGUGAUGAAUAGAUUUAAAAAGAAGGCUUUACGGGUAAUUGCUGAGCACUUAUCAGUGGAAGAGGUUGAAGUAAUCAAAGAUAUGUUCGCAUUGAUGGAUACAGACAAUGAUGGAAAAGUUUCGUACGAGGAGCUUAAGGCCGGCCUUCGAAAGGUCGGUUCGCAGUUGGCUGAACCAGAGAUCAAGAUGUUAAUGGAAGUGGCUGAUGUUGAUGGAAAUGGAGUAUUGGAUUAUGGGGAAUUUGUAGCAGUGACAAUCCACUUGCAAAAGAUGGAAAAUGACGAGCAUUUCCGCAGAGCAUUUAUGUUCUUUGACAAAGAUGGGAGUGGAUAUAUUGAAUUGGAUGAGUUACGGGAUGCAUUAGCUGAUGAAUCGGGUGAAACUGAUGUUGAUGCACUGAACGACAUCAUGCGUGAAGUCGACACUGACAAGGACGGGCAAAUCUGUUAUGACGAAUUUGUUGCCAUGAUGAAAGCCGGCACUGAUUGGAGAAAGGCAUCGAGACAGUAUUCAAGAGAGAGGUUCAAGAGCUUAAGUCUUAACUUGAUGAAAGACGGUUCCUUGCAGCUCCAUGAUGCUGUUACUGGCCAAGCUGUUGCUGUUUGAGGUAAAUGGGAUCGGUCGACUUAGUCAUGCUUGUGCCUGCUUGAUAUUUCUCUAUGACCAUUUAUUGUUGAUAAACGAUCUACAUAUAUCCGAAACGUACCGCACCAGUGACCUCACGGAAAUGGCAUUUAGGGUUCAAGUUUAACACAGUUUUUUGGAUGGCAGACACAAUAUUCUUCCGUAACAUGUUUACGUGGCCCGGGUUUGAUUGUUUUCUUUUUGCUGCUGCAUGAAGUGUGCAUUGAUCGGAUAAAGUUGCCAGCUGCUGGUUGUUAUUAUUUGUUUGUCCUAAAGUUAUCAUACUCGAUACAUAUUCAGAUACGAGUAUGAGAGUAUGAUUUUCUGAAUUCAGCAUAUAUUUACUGAAUACGUAUUCGUAUUUGACACUCACUUUUGAUGAGUCUUAAGAUAGGAUAGUUGUUAGUAGAAUGUGAAGGGCAUGUCCGUGUAUAUUUUUGUUUUGUUUUGUCUUUUUCAUGUAAGGCUGUUUGAUGAUUGACUUUCAUAUUGUUUCAUUUUACUAUUUUGUGCAGAAUGUAGUAUAGGGGUUUGUUUAUGACAAAAAUGUUUCCGA